GUUGUCUUCUGAAUUUUGGGUCUGAAGGUACCCUCUUGCUUUCUCAGCAAAUCAUGGACAUCGUUGGCUUUCUGAAGUCUCAAUUCAUUUGCCACCUUCUGAUCUGCUACAUAUUUAUAGUGUCAGGACUGAUCAUUAACUUCAUUCAACUCUUUACACUUAUACUUUGGCCAAUCAACAAGCAACUGUUCAGGAGGAUCAACUGCAGGCUGGCUUACUGCAUUUCAAGCCAGAUGGUGAUGUUGCUGGAAUGGUGGUCAGGCACUGAUUGCACCCUCUACACUGACCCCGAGAGUUACCACAACUAUGGGAAGGAGAAUGCCAUCGUAAUCCUUAAUCACAACUUUGAAAUUGACUUUCUCUGUGGCUGGAACUUUUGUGAAAGAUUUGGGGUCUUGGGG